CUAAACAGGAACGAACAUCUGCACAGAUGCUCUCAGUGCAAGGUUGCUAAAUAUUGUGGUAAAACUUGUCAGAAGGAAGCUUGGCUGGACCACAAGCGGGAAUGCAGGUGUCUUAAGAGUGUGGAGCCCAAUUUUCCUCCAGAUUCUGUCAGACUUGCUGGCAGAAUUGUUUUUAAACUACUUAGACAAUCAGUCUGCCUUUCUGAGAGUCUGUACUCUUUUUCUGAUCUUCAGUCAAAUAUUGAACAGUUAAGUGAAGAAAUGAAAGAUGGCCUCAGGCACCUUGCGCAGAUGUUGCAACUGUAUUUGAAAACAGAGAUCCAGGAUGUGUCUCACUUGCCACCUGCAAUUGACUUUUUUCAGAUUUUCACAAAAGUGACCUGUAACUGUUUCACCAUCAGUAAUGGAGAGAUGCAGGAUGUUGGUGUUGGCCUGUAUCCCAGCAUGUCUUUGCUGAACCACAGCUGUGACCCAAACUGUGUGAUAGUUUUUGAAGGAUACCAGCUUUUACUUCGCUCCGUCCGAGACAUCCAGAUUGGUGAAGAGCUCACCAUCAGCUAUAUUGAAUCACUGAUGCCCACCAGUGAACGCCAAAAGCAACUGAAGCGCCAGUAUUGCUUUGAAUGUGACUGUCUUCUCUGCCAGAAUCAAGAAAAGGAUGCUGAGAAAUUGGCUGGUCAAGAGCAUGCCUGGAAAGAAGUCAAAGAUGCUGUAAAUGACGUGAGAUAUCCGAAAUCAAAACAAGAGUGGGAGCAGGUUCUGGCCAGAUGCCAGAAUCUCUUGAGCAGUAACAGGGAUCGUCUUCCAGACACAAAUAUCUAUCAGCUGAAAAUGCUUGACUGUGCCAUGGAUGCCUGUAUUAACCUUGAAUUCUGGGAAGAAGCUUUGCAUUAUGGCAGCAGGACUCUGGAACCAUACAGACUGUAUUAUCCUGGUUUCCAUCCACUGAGGGCCCUCCAGCUGAUGCGAGUGGGCAAACUGCAGUACAGUCGAGACAUGUUUCCUCAGGCACUAGAGACCUUGAAACAGGCCUAUGAUAUUAUGAAGGUGACCCAUGGAACAGAUCACAGCCUGAUGCAAGCCUUGAUGGAGAUAAAGGAACAGUGUGAGGCCAUCAUGAGAACACAGUGAAGAAAAACUCCAGUCUGGAAAACAAAAUAUUCAAGGAGGAAG